AUGGAAGCAAAAGAAAAGGAAGCUGUCCUGACGUAUUUCAAAAUUAAUAUCAGGAACUCAAUAGUACCAGGGAAAGUAGACUGCAUGAAAUGCAUCGAAGCACAUCCUCUGCUGGAGCAGAGAGACUGGAAGAAAAUUAAAUAUGCAGUGAAAAACAUCAUAGAUAAAAACAAAAAGCUAAAAAAGAAACAUACAGUGUAA